CCUGCAUCGGCAGGCAGACUCUCAACCACUGUGCCACCAGGGAAGCCCAAAUUUACCAUUUUUAAUCGCAGGGCUCAGCGGCAUUAAGCAUUCACACUGUCAUGUAACCGUCACCAGAACUUUCUCAUCUUCCCAAACUGACACUCUGUCCUCAACAAACACUGACUCCCCAUCCCCCUCCCCAGCCCCUGGCACCCACCCUCCUUCUUUUUGUCUCUAUGACCUUGGCUCUUCUAAGUCCCUCAUGGAAGUAGCAUCAUAUGUUUUCUUUUUGUGUCUGGCUUUUUUUCACUCAACAUAAUGUCCUCAAGGUUCAUCCACAUUGUAACAUGUGUCAGGAUUUCCUUCCUUUUUAAGGCUGGAUAAUGUUCCUUUGCGUGGAUGGACUACAUUUUGCGUCUGCGUCCAUCCUGUCAGCGGACACCUGUACUGUUCCUGCUUCUCGGCUGCUGUGGACAUUAGUGUACAAGUACCUGUCCCAGCCCUCCUUUCAGUCCUUUUGGGUAUAUACCCAGAAUCAGAAAAUCCUGGAUCACACGGAUCCGCCAAGUUGAUUUCCUCGUGUGUCUUCUGAUGGCUGUGCCAGAGGCUCCCUGCAGCGUUGGUCCGUGUCCUCAUGUUGGGUGGUGGAGUGGGUCUUUGUGGCGCUUCGUCGUCAUGCAUCAUUGAGACUAGGUCCUCUCCCUACAGCCGGAAAGGCCCAGACCCAGGGCCGCCGUCCAUUUGGACACCGCUGCCCACAAAGCCUGUCCGGGGCCUGGGACCCACACAGUCCCCUGCUCCGGCACCUUCGACAUCACACCUGUUUUCACCUGUGUUUGUGAGCUAAGGUCACCCGUGUCAGUAAUGCUCCAGGGUCAGCUGAUUGCAGAGGACUCUUCCAUCUGGGUCUGUGGCCAUCCCUGCCGUGUGUAAGCAUUGAUCUACACAGAUCACCUCUGCCCUGAAGGACAGAGUGGGACAUCCUCACUCUGAUGCUGUGGGCGGUGCUGCUCCUGGCUUUGUCCUUUCCAGUCUCACGGGAACCUGUUUUCUGGCCUCCCUAGAAUUAGUUCCUGAAAGAUGAGGCCAGCCCCACUGUGCCUGUGGGGUUCUUGAAGCCUCUCUCCCCUCCUUGGGCUGCAGCCGAUUUAGAGCGUGUGUCCUGUGGGCUAUCCAGCCAAGUGCCUUCGUGGGUGUGGGAAGGGAGGGGAGACAGCCCAGUGCGGCCGGGAGUACAUGUGAACUGCCUCUGCAGAGCAGCUCCAGGCCUGAUGUUGGGCUGGGCCGUGACUGUCAUGGACCCCUCGUCUGCACCCCACCCCCAUGUCACCAGCCCACUGCCCUCCAUAUUGGAGCGCCCAUCCCUCCAGACAUGGCAGCCCUCCCCCAUCAUAUCCCACUGCCAUGUCCUCCCAGACACUGCCCAGCAUGAUCCCCCAGGCGCCCUUGUGUUUGAACUGCCUUCCAGGCUGCAUACCUGCCCACCCACAGGUGCUGCGCCCUCCUGGGGUCGCCCCUAGGGGGUCCCGGCCUCUGCACCGCACCCCCCAUCAUGCCUGAGGUUGCCCAGCACUUGGAACCUCCAUAUUUUGCCGAUGCGAUGAAAGUUCCAAAUCAGGGGACCCCGAGUUCAUGGGAUGGGGAUGUCCUGGGUGGGCCUGAUCUCAUCGGGGUGGCCCGCAGAGGGACCAGCCCCUCCUCAGGGAGUAAGCUGCUGCCCUUGGAGGGGCCCGUGGCCAGAGCUUGAGGGCGGCCUCCAGGAGGCGAGUGACCUCGGCGCACGGCAGGCGAGACCAGGGCCCCCAGUCACAUGGCUUCAAGGAACUGACCCCUGCAACAGCGGAGACCCUGCCGACCAGCACCUGUGUCACCCCGGGGCUGAGCACCUGGCCAAGAUGAUGGGUGGGCGUUGCUUUAAGCUGCCGCAUUUGUGUAGAUGUUUGGCUGCAUAGAAGACCAGCAUACUCCCGUCAGUAUGGUGCUGUCAUGGCUGUCACGUCACCACCCUCUUUGUCAAAAUGUCAUUUAGACCCACAGGUUGAUGCUUUUACUGGUUCCACCUGGAGGGACUGCUGGGCCAGCUCUUGCCCUUUGGGGUGGCUUCCAUGGAGGUCGUCACUACUGGACACUUCACUGGACCCUGGCCUGUGCACCCGUCACUGCUGCCAAACUUCCCCCGGCGGUGUGCAGAUCCCUCCCCUGACUGUGCCCAGACCCACCCCUCAAAUGGUGACAGACCCUUUCCAUGACUGUGCUGAGUGGGACUCGGAAGUGAGGAGUGAGGGGCUUCCUCUCGCUUGGAGCCUCCACGUGGUACCAUCAUGCCCACCAGCAGUUCGGCUAAACAGUGACUCUGAUGAAAGCAACCCAGCGCUUCAGGCUCCUAGCGAUUAGCAAACAUCUCGCUUCUUGUCUACGAAUGGGCAGUUGGAGUAAAAGGACAGAGGCACUGCUCUUUCGCUUUGUUCUUUUCCCUAAGUUUUCCUUUCUGGAGUCUUCACAAGAAUGGGAACCAGAAGCCACGGCACUGGCCUGGUUCGGGCUCAGCCUCCCGUCCCCUGCGACUGCAGGGGUCAGGCGAGCGGGCAGGCUCAUCCUGGCCGCCAACAGGGAUGAGUUCUACCACCGGCCUUCCAGGGCUGCAGACUUCUGGGGGAACAACAACGAGGUCCUCAGUGGGCUGGACAUGGAGGAAGGCAAGGAAGGCGGCACGUGGCUGGGCAUCAACACGCGGGGCAAGCUGGCGGCACUUACCAACUACCUGCAGCCACGGCUGGACCGGGACGCCCGGGGCCGAGGUGAACUCGUGGCUCAGUUUCUGACCUCAGACGUGGAUAGCUUGUCCUACCUGAAGAAGGUCUCCGCAGAGGGCCACCUGUACAACGGCUUCAACCUCAUAGCGGCCGACCUAAGCACAGAGAAGGGAGAUGUCAUUUGCUACUAUGGAAACCGGGGGGAGCGUGAGCCUGUUGCCCUGGCACCAGGCCUGGCGAGUUCCUGGACGCAUGUAGAGAAGGGGCGGGUGGGUGGAGUUCCAGCCACAGUCCCCCCCACCUCCCACGCUGGCCUGGCCGAGCCAACCCCUCCUGCAGGGACCUACGGGCUAAGCAACGCGCUGCUGGAGACGCCCUGGAGGAAGCUGUGCUUCGGAAAGCGGCUCUUCCUGGAGGCCGUGGAGCGGGGCCAGGCGCUCCCCAAGGACGCCCUGGCCGCCCAGCUUCUGGACGUGCUCAACAACGAAGAGGCGCAGCUGCCAGACCCAGCCAUUGAGGACCAGGGCAGGGAGUACGUGCAGCCCAUACUUAGCAAGUACGCAGCUGUGUGUGUGCGCUGCCCGGACUACGGCACCAGAACCAACACGGUCAUCCUUGUGGAUGCAGAUGGGCACGUGACCUUCACAGAGCGAAGCAUGCUGGGCACGGACCCCUCUUGCUGGGAGACCAGCACCCACGAGUUCAGGCUGCAGAGCUAACCCCCACCCGGGUGUGGCCGGGGCUUCCGGGAGGCCCUGUCACAGGUACUGCCUGUGACUCGGCCAGCGUCACCCAGGGCCAGAGCCCUCUGAUGUGUGUGAACUGUUUGCAUCCCCAUGUCAAGCUCGGGGUCCAGCCUCAUGACAGAGGCCCAUGGCCAGGUGUGCGGCAGGCCCAGGUGUGCUGUGCCUCCCCCGGCCCAUGCACAGAAGCUCACACAAGGCACACGUGACACCCAUCAUGCAUGCGCGCACACGUUACAGGCAGUAGAUGUGUGCACACAUGCUCAGACACGCACACGCUCCAGGCAUGCACCCCCCAUGCGAGCCAGACACGCAGAGCUGUGCCUCUCAACACCCACACGUGCUUCUGGCCAGUGAGUCUUGCUGUGAUCCCGACAACAAGAGUGGAUGUCUGUUUCAAAGCGGCCCCUCCUCUCCUGGGCCUAGCCAGUUCCUGACCACCAGCCCUGCUCUUGGAGAGGACACAGGCCACAUUUGAAUGAGGAAAACCUCCUCCAUAGCAGAGGCACAGGCUGCUGGGUGGGUCCGGUGGUUCUGUGGGUGCUGAGGGGUCCUGUGCGUGGAGCUAUCCUGUGAGGGAGCAUCCAUGUGCAAUGGGCCGCCUCGGCAGGCUCUCAGGCCUCCACCUGUGCAGGGGGGUCAUGGGUUCCGGGCAGGCCCAUCUCAGGGAGGGGACACAGUUGCCCCUGCCAUUUCCCUUCUCCUAGGGAGUUAAACUUCAUAAUAAGACUCUGUACUUGAAUGUGAGAUGCUGAUAAUAAAACUGAGGCCGUGGUGA